CGCCUUCCAGCCACCGCCUCCUCCCCAAUUUUUUCUUAGUAGUCGACACAAUGUCUGAUCACGAGGUUGAGACUUUUGAGAGCGCCGACGCCGGCGCCUCUCUGACCUACCCUCAGCAGGCCGGCACUGUCCGUAAGAACGGCUACAUUGUCAUCUCGGGCCGUCCUUGCAAGGUGGUGGAUGUCUCAACUUCCAAGACGGGCAAGCACGGUCACGCUAAGUGCAACUUCGUUGGUAUUGAUAUCUUUACCAACAAGAAGUAUGAGGAGAUGGCGCCAUCUUCCCACAACGUCGAAGUUCCUAACAUCUCCAGGAAGGAGUACACGGUCAUUGACAUCACCGAUGAGGGCAUCGUGUCGCUAAUGGACGAGUCGGGCAACACGCGCGAUGAUCUGUUCCUUCCCAAGGGAACUGACGAAGCUGAAAAGCUCGCUGAGAUUAUCAAGGACCACUGGCAGAACGACAAAGAGAUGGCGGUCACUGUCAUCAAGGCUAUGGGCGAGGAAACGAUCUCAUCGGUGAAGGUCAUUAACGAUACCAAGGCUUGAGCAAGUCUGCACGUUGGAUGUCGCAGCAUGGGCGUGGUGUUUGGUACAUGUCCUUGGCAUUCGCUCCCGAGACAUCUCGGCGCGACUGUCUCCCGUGCAACAAUAGCUCAGAUGUGGUGAUGGUUGUGGCGCAGCGCCGUCCACUGCACUGAACUUCAUUGUUUUUCAUCACAAGGACUGCUUUGCGUGUCUGUGGUUGGCGAUGCAGGAGGACGGACGGGGGCGUGUAAAUGAUAUGUGACUGGCUGAUUUGAUCUCGGCUGCGUUUCGACGGCUUUCCCAUACCUGUUGGUAUGGACGUUUUGCUCACACUAUCAGGACUGGAUCUUUCGCAAAAUUUUGGGUUGCAUGACAUAUACACACACAUAACUCACCCUGACGGGUGGCAGCGUUGGAAGCAACGAAUUGGGUCACAGCUAUGCUGUGCUGUAAUCUUAAAGGGUGGA